AUGAUCGCCCGUGCCGCUACCCGUGCCACGGCUGCUGCCCUCCCGGCCAACGCCACUCGCCAGGCCCUCAUCCGCCGUCAGAAUGUCUCUCUGAUGCGCAGCCUGCGUGACUUCGCCCGUGGCUUCGAGCCCCAUCCAUUCCAACGCCUGCCCGUAGCUAGCAACCCUGCCCCGGCUGACUAUGGCAGGCUCGUCAAGCGGGUCAGCCAGCAGCUUGUUGUCUAUCCUCUGGUUGCCUUCGGCCUGCUCGGCUGGCCGUACGUUGCGUACAAGCUCGUUGACGGCCACGUUUAA